UGUCCAACUCAUCACGACACACACAGACCUCCAGCAGCAUGUGAGUCGACAGGUUGUGCACACAGAGGAAGUCGACAGAAAUGUUUAUAGCUAAAUAGAUUUGCUAAUAAUAAUAUCUAGCAGGCAAAGGCACUCAGACUACGCCAUGUCAAAUACAACAAUUGCAAAUACCGGCUUUCAAAGCAGGAUAUGUCGGUAGACUGAUAUUUAACUCGCAGUUGGUUAACUCGACCAAAAAAAAAAAACUUGUUGGGAGUUAUCAGGGAGCUGAAUGGCCUCUGUGGUGGCCUCUGUUGUGACUGUGAAAACAGAGAAGCGACCAGCUCAUGCUGAUACUCAGGAUGUUGACUCCAACACCAAAAAACCCAGGAUUUGGGAACCAUCAAUGGAACCAUCACUCAAUCUCUGCCUGCCCCAAAGGAAACUGCUGCCCAGCCUGAAGACCAAGCGGGCGCCCGAGCUGGUCCUAGUUAUUGGUACAGGGGUGAGUUCAGCUGUGGCCCCUCAGGUCCCCGCGUUGCGCUCCUGGAAGGGUUUGAUCCAGGCCUUGUUGGAUGCGGCCAACGACUUUGACCUCCUCGAGGAAGAGGAGAGUAGGCGUUUUCAGAAGAGCCUGCAGGAGGACAAGAACCUAGUCCACGUGGCUCAUGACCUCAUCCAGAAGCUCUCUCCGAGAACAGGCAAUGUGCGGUCUACCUUCUUCAAGGACUGCCUGUACGAGGUGUUUGACGAUCUGGAGUGUAAGAUGGAGAACGCGGGGAAGCACCUUCUCCGCUCCGUACUACAGUUGAUGGAGAGUGGAGCGCUGGUUCUCACCACCAAUUUUGACAACCUGCUGGAGAUCUACGCAGCCCACCAGGGAUCGAAGCUGGAGUCUCUGGACCUAACCGACGAGAAGAAGGUCCUGGAGUGGGCUCAGGGGAAGAGAAGUCUGAGUGUUUUGCACAUUCACGGUGUUUACACGAAUCCCAGCGGUAUUGUACUGCACCCUGCUGGCUACCAGAAUGUACUGAGGAACACGGAGGUCAUGAGGGAGAUCCAGAAACUGUAUGAGACCAAGUCGUUUGUGUUCCUGGGCUGCGGGCGCACGGUGGAUGACACCACCUUCCAGGCUCUGUUCCUGGAGGCGGUCAAACACAAGUCGGACCUGGAGCACUUCAUGCUGGUGCGGCGUGAGGACGUGGGAGAGUUCAAGAAGCUGCGGGACAACAUGCUAGACAAGGGCAUCAAGGUCAUCUCUUACGGCAAUGAGUAUUCCGACCUGCCUGAGUACUUUGAACGGCUGGCCAACGAGAUCUGCAACCGCGACGCUGUCACUAACGGCUGGGGAUCUCCCUCCCAAGAAGAACAGGAAACCCAGAAUGGCUUUCAUUCACAGAAAAGCCUCCAAGACUAUCCUUCUUGACAGGCACAAAACAGACAGGAGUAUCAGUCAUUUUCAUCCACAGUCUACUUCUACUCAGGUUUCAUUGGAUCUACUACUACUCCGCCAGGCAAAUAUGGGCCAGAAGAGACCCAUGUUACUAUUCUAGUCACCCGCUUAUUGUUUUUAUUUUAAUCUUUACCGGUUGUCAUGACAAAGGGAAAGACCCAGCAGGAAAGUAAACUUUUAAAGCAGCUGGCAACCCAAUUAGUGUUUCCCUACACCUUAACAUCUGGAAUAAGAUGUUGGAAAGGGCAAUGGAAGACUGAUGUAGGGAUGACAUAAGGACAGGUCCCUGACUUGGAUUCUAGCUCAACAUAAUUUGUAACUGAAUCCUGUCCUGAAUGAAUGGCUGGAGAGUCCUGAGGACCUAGCUAUGCUAAAGACUCCCUGAAUUUGAAGAGAAGCUGGCGUGGCAAAAAUGUAGCACAACAUAUCCACAUCAGAGGAGGCUGGUGGAAUGCGCUAUAGGAGGAUGGCUCAUUGUAAUGGCUUGAAUGGAACUGGGUCAAACGUGGUUUUCAUAUGUUUGAUACCGUUCCAUUUAUUCCAGACAUUAAUGAGCCUGUCCUCCUAUAGCUCUUCCCAUCCUCCCCUGUUUAGGAUCAACUUUGCAGUCCUCUUAUGAAACUGUCAAGUCUCAAAGCAUACAGCAUCAAUAGAUGUUAACUAUGUAGUCUGAAAAUAAUGCUUGCCAUGCUAACUUGAAAGCAGCUAGUUAAAUCUGUGAAGCAUGGUAACAUGUUGAAGGGUUUUUGAGAAUCUUGUCUGCAGGUUCAGCAGUGACUUAGAUGAGGCAUCUUUAGAGUAACAAUCACUUGGCCACUCAUGUGCUCAAAAAAAAUAGUAUACUGUCCUUUAUAAGGCUUUUGGAUUUUUAAUACUGCAUGUUUUGUGAAAGCUGUAGGUAUUUGUGCUUUAAAAAAUAAAUAAAACCUUUGGUAUCAUACAGUGCAUUUGGGAAGUUCGGACCCCUGACUCUUUCCACAUUUUGUUACAGCCUUAUUCUACAAUGGAUUAAAUAUUAUUUCUACACACAAUAACCAAAGCAAAAACAGGUUGACAAUUUUGCAAAAGUAAAAAAUAAUCUUAUAGUUAUUCAAACCCUUUACUCAGUGCUUUGUUGAAGAACCUUUGGCAGCAAUUACAGCCUUGAGUCUUCUUGGGUAUGACACUACAAACUUGACACAUCUGUAAUUGGGGAGUUUCUCCCAUUCUUCUCUGCAGAUCCUCAAGCUCUGUCAGGUUGGAUGGGGAGUGUCGCUGCACAGCUAUUUUCUGGUCUCCAGAGAUGUUCGAUCAGGUUUGGGCUCGGGCUGGGCCACUCAGACUUGUUCCGAAGUCACUCCAACGUUGUCUUGGUGUCAUUGGCUUGUUGGAAGGUGAACCUUCGCCCCCAGUCGGAGGUCCUGAGCGCUCUGGAGCAGGUUUUCAUCAAGGAUCUCUACUUUCCUCUGUUCAUCUUUCCCUCGAUUCUGACUAGUCUCCCAGUUCCUGCCGCUGAAAAAUAUCCCCACAGCAUGAUGGUGCCAGGUUUCCCCCAGACGUGAUGCUUGGCAUUCAGGCCAAAGAGUUCAAUCUUGGUUUCAUCAGACCAGAAAAUCUUGUUUCUCAUGGUCAGUCCUUUAGGUGCCUUUUGGCAAACUCGAAGCAGGCUGUCAUGUGCCUUUUUACUGAAGAGUGGCUUCUGCCUAGCCACUACCAUUGGUUGAGUACUUCUGGAAGGUUCUCCCAUCUCCACAGAGAAACUCUGCAGCUCUGUCAGAGUGACCAUUAAGUUCUUGGUCACCUCCCUGACCAAGGCCCUUCUCCCCCAAUUGCUCAGUUUGGCUGGGCGGCCUGCUCUAGGAAGGGUCUUGGGUGGUUCCAAACUUCUUUCAUUUAAGAAUGGAGACUUGUUUUCUUGGGGAGCUGCAAUCCUUUCUGAGCUCUAUGGACAAUUCCUUCGACCUCAUGGAUUGGUAUUUGCUCUGACAUACUGUCAACUAGGACCUUAUAGACAGGUGUGCCUUUCCAAAUCAUGUCCCAUAAAUUGAAUUUACCACAUGUGGGCUUCAAGUUGUAGAAACAGCUCAAAGAUCAGGAUGCAUCAAUUGAGUCUCAUAGUAAAGGGUAUGAAGUUAUUCACAUAAGGUCUGUUCAUCUUUAAAUUAGAACAUUUCUAAAAUCUGUUUUUGCUAUGUUUUGGGGUGGAGAUUGAGGGAAUAAAAUCAAUUUUAGAAUAGUGGUGGAAAAGUCUGAAUACUUCCCGAAUGCACUGUACACCAGUUGCCACUCUA